UGCACCGCCGUAGCUGAUCGCAAUGAGUGCUGCUGGAGUUGAAGCUGGCGCUUCUGAUGGCUUGAAUGACGUAUAUGAGGCGCUUGAGAGAUACAACUGGGAUGACGAUGUCGAGUUCCAAGCUGGUCUGAGUGCCAUCCUCGGCAGCAACAGCUCGCCAGAGCAAGCCGCUGAGCUAGCCCUGCGAGCGCGUUGCUUCUACUAUGCCAGGAAGUUCAAUACUACCGUUGACUUCGAAGCAUACAAAGCGUACCGUGACGUCCGUGGUCGGCCUCCACCACAGACGACUGGCGUGCAACCGCUCGACUUCAGCGAAGCUACCUAUGAUACGCCGAGCGACGUGGUGCCAGCGCCUACGAACCCAAGUGAACCUCCAGCGCCGUACCCCACCUCGUUUGCGCAUAUUGUAGAGCUCAUCACGAGUGGGCAGCCCAUUCCUGGAAUCAAGGAGAUACCAAACACUGUCUUGGAGGGACAGGGCACACCGGCUGAGAAGCCAAAAAGGAGAAAGCCCUGGGAGAAGGACGAACCUGCAGUAGCGGCUGAGGGAGGAGCGUGAGUCAUGAAGAGGAUUGUAGACGAAGACGAUAAUGCAUGUCACCACGAUACCCGGUACGGGCAUUAGUUGCUGUGAGCUUGUCCAGACAAGCCCAUGUUCUGUAUACAAACAACAAGAAGGCUGUACACGCUCUUCGCAGGAGCUACCAAGAACCACGUACCAAGGAUGUCGAAAUAUUGGGGUAUAUAGCAAAACCAGUCAAGAAACAAGCACCAAAUUCCAGCUUACAAC